CUCGACACAUUUGCCGCUUGUCUGUCAGUUUGUGUGUGUGUACAUUUGUUUACUGAAUGACUGUGUCGCGCGCGCCCGGAGUGAGUGAAUAGUGAGGAGCGCGCAUACUUACUUGGUGGCCUGUGAUUCAUACUUAUUUUCACGAUGUCUGUGACGACCGCGUGCCAUCCCGGGCUCGAGUCUGUGAGGGUGACCCUCCACAACGCCGACCUCUGGCGCGAGUUCCACCAGUACGGCACGGAAAUGAUCAUCACCAAGACAGGGAGGCGGAUGUUCCCCUAUCUGAGACUCCAGGUGAGUGGGCUAGAUCCGUACGCUCGCUACUUCAUCAUGGUGGAGCUGUCCUCGGCUAGCAACAGCCGCUACAAGUUCUCUGGAAGCGAGUGGACACCUGUGGGCUCAGCGGAGCCGCAGCUACCACCCUCCGCCAGACUCUACAUCCACCCGGACUCCCCGGCUACGGGAGCCCACUGGACAGGCCAGCACGUGUUGCUCAACAAGAUCAAACUCACCAACAACACCUUGGACCGAUCUGGCAAUAUUGUGUUGAACUCAAUGCACAAAUAUCUGCCUCGCGUACACGUCGUCAUGGCGACAGAUGUCCUGGCUGUCCACUGGAGCCCCAGGACUACAUUCGAGUUCCCGGAGACAGAGUUCAUGGCUGUGACUGCUUAUCAGAAUGAACAAGUGACCAAACUGAAGAUUGAUAACAACCCGUUCGCUAAAGGCUUCCGUGACGUCGGGGUGUCUCGUUGCAAGAAAAGAAAAGCCGAGCAGCCCAAGGAACCUGAGAAAAUCAAAAAGGAAACACCAGAUGUUGCUCAGUCCGCCAGCACUGAUGACAGUGGGGUCUCCUCCAUCGGCUCGCCCACCCCGCCAGUUACCACCUCCCCGGUAACUUCCUUCAGCGACUGCUACUCGCCACCUCUCCCAAUGAGGUUCAUCAUGCCUGAGUAUCCUCCUUACUUCCAUCCCCCCGUGUGGCCCUACCCUUACUUCCUGCCCCCUCCCCCACCUCCACUCUACCCGUCCCCGUACUUCCCCUACCUUGUGCCCCCGACUUACCAAGCUCCCAGUGAACCCUUCCUCAUCGACCUCAGUGUCAAGAGGGAAUCUGUCACAAUUACAGAGCAGUAAAAUCUUAAAUGUCCUUUAUUGUGUUACCAAAGAUAGUUUUUUGUUACUAGUUUUUGUACAUAAUCGCGUUAUUUUGUAUAUUGUAUAAAGAAAAGGUAGUUUAUUUGAUUUGAAAAGUUAUUUUCUUUCUCCGUUUGAGAGUGAUUAUUACUUUCCAUAACGGAUUGUCUAAGAAAGGUGCAGCUUUUGUUGGACUAAAAUUUUAGACCGAAAUGAAACAAUGCUUCGUUUUGUUGAAUACAUUGUCGAUAUAUGUUUAUUAUAAAAUAAUAUAUUUAUAUGAGCUGAACAAAAUUGAACUGUGUGUUAACAAUUUUAAAGCUGGCUUAUUUUCCAAAGAAGUGAUUAAGACCAGCUCACUUCUUUUUAAAGUGGGACAGUAAUAUUUGGUUGGAGCUAACUUUUUAAAAUGUAAUCAGGAAAUUAAUCUUUUAAAUAAAAUACAUGUCACUCUCUUGAGUAAUUUUAUAUAAAUAUUAUAAGACUUUCAUGUAUAUCUUAUGCUAUUUUUCUAUGAAACUGAUUACUAGUACUUUAAUAUACUGCUUAAGUGCCUAUAUUUCCCUUGAAGAAUAAAAAUUUGUUUUCUAUUUUCUUCAGACAAGAUGUAAGGGUUGUGACUAUAACAUUUAAAUAUAGAAUAAAUGUCCUCACCAAACACUCACUGCUUCAAUCGUCUUAUGUAUUUGGAAAUAGUUAAAAUUAAUAUUUAACCUUUAAAUUAUAUUAAUUUAUUUUGUAUUAUUUUUAAGUACAUAUAUAUUGUUUACAUUUAUAAUACGUGACAGAUAAUAGGCUAUUGGUGUUAAAUUAAAAUAGUAACCAAUGAAGCAAAGUUUCAAUAUUUAUGUUUUGUAUUAUACUGUGUGAAAAUUAUGUAUCAGUAUAUUCUAUAAAUAAUAGCAAUAUUGUAUCUGAAUGCCAAAAUUAUAAAUUGUUAAUUUAAUGGCCACCAAUUCAGAUCUUAUUCUAUGUGCAAUGAAAAUUUAAAUACUUUUAUUUAUGAAGCUAUCUUUAUUUAUCAAGCCUUUAUUUGAGUAAAAGUAUGAAUAAUAUAUGGGUGUAGAUUCUGUCAUGAACAUGUUCAACUUGAGAAUGUUUCAUUUAAGUUUGGCAUGUUAAUUCAAAAUCCAAAACCCUUUUGUGGUCCACCCAGAAUAAUAAUUUUGAUUGUACAUUUUUGUAAGUAUCAUUAUUGUUAGUUAAGAUAUUAUACGUUUUGUUUUAAGAGAAGUAAAUCGUUUUCGUUGUUAAA